GGACUGGAUCCCAGGACUUCAGGAUCACAGCCUGGGCCGAAGCCAGGUGCUCAACCAGCCACCCAGGCAUCCCAAGACCUUUCUGGUUAUAAAAUGCAGUAUUUACAAUAAGCCAGUUCCCGAGCAGCAAAUAUUUAUUAAGUCUCUCGGCUGCUGGGGGCAUUCCACAACCAAAAACAGGUGACCAGAGCUUUUGCUGGUGGUGUUCAGACAGUCACUUUAAUUCCAGGAGAUGGUAUCGGCCCUGAGAUCUCAGCUGCAGUUAUGAAGAUUUUUGAUGCUGCCAAAGCGCCCAUUCAGUGGGAGGAGCGGAAUGUCACUGCCAUUCAAGGACCGGGGGGAAAGUGGAUGAUCCCUCCUGAAGCCAAAGAGUCCAUGGAUAAGAACAAGAUGGGCCUGAAAGGCCCUCUGAAGACCCCAAUAGCAGCAGGCCACCCAUCUAUGAAUUUAUUGCUGCGUAAGACAUUUGACCUUUAUGCAAAUGUCCGACCGUGUGUUUCAAUCGAGGGUUACAAAACCCCUUACACCGACGUGAACAUUGUCACCAUCCGGGAGAACACAGAAGGAGAGUACAGUGGCAUAGAGCAUGUGAUCGUGGAUGGGGUCGUUCAGAGCAUCAAGCUCAUCACUGAGGAGGCGAGCAGGCGCAUUGCUGAGUUUGCCUUCGAGUAUGCCCGCAACAACCACCGGAGUAACGUCACAGCUGUGCACAAAGCCAACAUCAUGCGAAUGUCAGAUGGGCUUUUUCUACAAAAAUGCAGGGAAGUUGCUGAAAACUGUAAAGAUAUUAAAUUUAAUGAGAUGUACCUUGAUACAGUAUGUCUGAAUAUGGUCCAGGAUCCGUCCCAAUUUGAUGUCCUUGUUAUGCCAAAUUUGUAUGGAGACAUCCUUAGCGACCUGUGCGCGGGAUUGAUUGGAGGUCUUGGUGUGACACCAAGUGGUAACAUUGGAGCCAACGGGGUAGCGAUCUUCGAGUCGGUUCACGGAACUGCCCCGGACAUUGCUGGCAAGGACAUGGCCAACCCCACGGCUCUCCUGCUCAGCGCUGUGAUGAUGCUGCGCCACAUGGGGCUUUUUGACCAUGCUGCAAGGGUUGAGGCUGCGUGCUUUGCUACAAUUAAGGAUGGAAAGAGCUUAACAAAAGAUUUAGGAGGCAACGCAAAAUGCUCAGACUUCACAGAGGAGAUCUGUCGUCGAGUACGAGAUUUAGAUUGAGGAUCCAGCGAAUGGAGUCUGUCCGUCAUUCCCACCCGAUGCCACAGGCACCUGUGCUGGCACCUCCUGUCUUGCACACAUUUGGUUCUCUUCUUUCCUGACAGUACAUUUUUAGAUAUGGCCUUUUCUUAACAAAAUCUGUGCAGAGGGUGCAGGUGACGUCCCUAGGCCUGCUUUCAAAGGACUUUCCCUAAGCGCUUGUUUUAUUUAUUAAAUGUCUAUCCAGUAUAUGUUUUUUGUAAACUCUUAAGUGGACUGUAUCGUUUGCCAUGUUAAUCAUUUUAACACUUCAGUUAAAAUGGUUUCUUUAGCUAUAAAUACGAUACAGAAUUAACAAGAGAAAACAACUUUUUUCAGAAGACACUGUUUUCCUUCGUUUAUGAAAAAUGUAAUAGAAACAAAACAGAUUACAGACAUGAUUGCACAAGGUAACAUUCUUAUAGAGCUAAGUGGGCAUAGGAGGUUUCCUGGAAAGUUCAGGUCAAAACCAGUGACAACGGCAUAUUUUUUAGUGAUGUGGAAGUAGACAGGUGGGUCCUUCAACGUGGAUUACUGAGUGUGAAUAAAGAUUUCAAACCCAA